AUGAAUCGACCCAACAUACAUCCGAUUGGAGUGGGCCUCCUCGAACUUCCCACAGAGCUCCUGCUCUACAUGGCCGAUUAUCUCCCCAGCCAGGGGGACCUAAACGCCCUCAUCCAAACCAACCAGCAACUCUACCACAUGCUCCAGGCUUGUCUCUACCACCACAAUGUGAAGUACCACCACAGCGUCGCGCUCCUAUGGGCUGCCGCGCGGAAUCGGGCCGACAUGAUGCAGGCCAUCCUCGCGAUCCCAGGCUGUAAUCCCAACAUCCGCUGCCCCUCCUCAUUCCAGACUUCCUUGAUUAUCGCCGCGCGGCAUGGCCACGCCGAAGUCGUCCGCUUACUACUCGACAGGUCCUCCGUGGAUGUCAACGCGCAGGACGAUAACGGCGACACAGCGUUAGCGGCGGCCGCCAGUGCAGGGUAUAUCGUCAUCGUGAGGCUCCUGCUGCGCGACGCGCGUGUGGAUGUAAAUCGCGAGGACUGGGACGGCCGGACACCUCUUGCCCAGGCAGCAAUUGCGGGUUCGACGGAGGUGGUCCGGCUUUUGCUGGAGGAAGAGGCAAUCGAGCCCGAUGCACCGGAUUCUGAGAACUGGACGCCGCUGGCUUUCGCGGCAGCAGGGGGACAUAUCGAGAUUGUGCGGUGCUUGCUUCAGCUUCCGUCACGGGUGAAUGCGAAUGUCCGGGACUGGGAUGGGGCGACUCCGCUUAUGUGGGCGGCGCGGCGCGGUGCGGCGGCCGCGGUGGAGCUGCUGCUUAGCUGUGAGGAUGUAGAUGUCACAAUAAGGGAUGAGGAGGGGCGAACAGCGUUGAUGUGGGCGGUGGAGACUGGGCAUCAAGAGCUGGUGCCGCUUUUUGAUGCCUACGCGGGUUAUAAGAGCGUACGGGUCGAUGAACCAGGGGAUGGCUUUUGCGGCCAGCAGGAGAAUCAUUGUAAGAGUCUCGUCCCCCAAAAUUGCUAG